AUGGACCUCAUGAGUAAAGCAGGUGGGGAUUUCUUCCCAUCCCUACUGAUCCGUGAUUCCUACAAUCGAGGUCUGUUUGCAUUUCAGAAUAGGGAAUUGCAGACAGCAAUUGCACUUUCUCUUCCAGUGGAGCACAUGAAUCCUUACUACUUCCGGUUUGCAGUUGCUACAGUGGCGGAACAUGGAGCAUUGGCUUUUGCACAUCAUAUAUAUGAAUCAUUAUUUCAUGAAAUGGAUUCGAGUGGAGGUACACAUCGGAAUUCUGAUUUGUCCAGUGAAGAAAGAAAAGAUGUGAUAUAUACAAAACAUGAAAGUCCUUCUAGCCAUGAAGGUACAUGCAGUGAAGUUUCUGAAAGUCAUGUUCAAGGUCAACUUGUUGGUUAUUUAGAAGUUGAAGACAGUGACAUUAAUUCCGAUGAAAGUAUUAUAUGUUUGCCCCGGCAGAUAGAAAUUGAUGGGGAGCAUGUUAUUUUGACUCACGAUGAGCAUGGUGGUGAGAUAAUAGUCGUCGUCAGUACAUCCGAAGAAGAUAUUCAGUCUCAGACGGUGAAUUCGGGAAAUGUAAUGCUUGGCGGUGACCUAGAGAAUUUCAGUGAAGGUCGAUCAAUAGGUUAUGAAGAGCACUCUAUGGAAGGUGAAUAUAUGUUUCAAAUUGGUGAAAGCCUAGAAGCCACUGAGUGUAGUAUUGCUUGUUCUAAAACACCUGGUACCUUUGUAGAUAAUCAAAAUGUAAUUGAAUGUCAUGAUGACAUUAAUAAUCUCGGCAAAACUGUUAUUGAAGAUGUAGAUAACUUAACUAUUGCCAAUAACAAAGAAAGUCUUACUAAAAAACACUCCAAUGCUGCUUUAUCAAAAAAUUUGAAAAAUAAUUCAGAAAAAAUGAGAGGUAACUGUUCCAGCUCAGCUGCUAUGGAUUUGUCAUUCACUAAUACUGAAACUAAUUUAUCUUCUGAAGACUGCAGUGAAAACGUACAUGUUAGAGAAAAUGAAGAUUUGUGUGAAUGGAUUAGAGAACCUGUAGUGUCUAAGAGUGAAAACAAAUCAGUGCCUUAUUCUAUUCAAGAACAGGAAUUCAUUCAGUCUGAAAGUUAUUCAAAUUAUGAACAAGAAUUACAUAAAAAUAAUAAUUUUGUAUCAGGUUCAGCAGUUGUGAGUGAUGCAGCAGGUUUUGAUAAUUUGAUUUUCUCUAAACAAGCAGCAAAUGAUGAAAAGUGUACACAGCAUGAACAGUUUGAACCAUUAGAUAUUGUAGUUGAUGAUAAGAGUAAAAAAAGUUCUGAAAGUGAAUUAAAAGAAUAUCAAGAAGGUUCAUCAACUGAAAACGAAACUGAGAGCAAAAAAGAUUUACCAGUUGGUGGACUUUGUAUGGAAAAAGAUGAUCUUUCUCUGUCAUCAAGUAAACAGCUUUUCCUAACAUCACAGAAUAGAACUAGUGAUACAGUCAAAAGUGGGUUAGAAAGAGAUAAGCCUAAUCAGUGUAGGAGUACAAAUGUAAUCACAUUUGCUCACUCAUCACAAAAGAAUGUUUAUGAGGAGGAGAUAAGAUACAAAGACUAUUCAAAGCUAGAUAAAGAGAUUGCGGCUGUUCAGGAUAACCCCUUUUUUAAAGUGUUUGAGAAAGAUGAAAUCUUAUCUUCAGAUGUUGAACAAAUAAAAACUCAAAAUUCAGAAAAAACGGAAUCUGUUAUGGAUAAAAUUGAUGGUACAGUCUCAGACAAAGGUGAUUAUUUAAAACAGACUUCAACUAAAAAGGAUGGUAACUCUAAAAUUACAUGUGGAGAAACAUUAUCAACGAGAGAAGAAAAUACAAAUAAGGCAAGUACUGAACUUGUAUGUGAUAGUAAAGGUGUGAAGAUGCAUUCUGACACAGAAGAAAAAAGAAAGUUUUCUAAUUGGCUUAAAGAGGCCUCAGAGAUGGGAGAAACAAGAAAUGAUUAUGAAAAUAAUGUUUCUAGUAAUACCCCAUUUAAUAUUUUGGAUGAAAAGAAUAAAACAGGUAAAAUAGAAGGUGCAGAGUAUAAAGAUCAAGAAAUUAGGAAAGCCACUACAAUGGAAAUUGAGGCCAUAGCUAUAGAAGGUAUUGAAGCUGGUGAGAAAGUAAAUAAAUUGGAGAUAGAGAAUCAGCUUGUUGCUGAUACAACAGAAAAAUUUGAAGACAAGCUUAGUGAAAAUGAGGUAUUCAAAUUGAAAACAAAUAUGAGUGGAACAGAGGACAAUGUUGAUGCAAAAGAAAAAUAUGAGGCUGAAAAAUCAGUGGGAGAGAAACAAGUUUAUGAAUCAGUGAAAUUGACUGAAAAUUCUCAAGCUGAAGCUGUAAAUGGUGAAGGAUUAGAAAAUGCUACGACAUCCAAUAGGACUGAAGAUAAGAAUUGCAGAGAAUUUUGUGUGGGAAAAAUAGAAAGCCUUGAUAAGAAUAUCAAAACUUUUUCAUACUCAAAUAAGGACACUGUAGAAGAAACUUUAGAUAGCAUUGAAGCAGAACAAAAGGACACAGAAAAGAUGGUAGUUAUAUAUGAAGACAGGGUGAGUGAAAUUGAUGAUCAGGCCAGAGAAAAUGUUAAUAUACAAAGUGCUAGGAGACCAGAUAACUUUCAAGAAGAAGAAGAAUUGGAAGAAAAUUCUUUAGUUUUAGAGAAACAGUCUGCUACUGUGAAAAUGAAACAUUUUACAGCUGAAAAAAAUAUUGAAAGUAAUAAAUCCAUCUCUGAAGAACAUGAGAAUAUAUUAGUUGAAAAUAUUAAGGAUAGCACUGUAUCAGUACAAAAUUUUGAACCUGAAGAAGGGAAAAUAGAAGAAAAUGUAAAAUGUGUUGAAAAAUGGGACAUUAUCAUGACAACUGAAUCUCACAAAAGUGAAGAAAUAGCUGAAAAUAUGUUUGAUAUGGAACAGAAAACAGCAAAUAUAAUAGAUGUGAAUAUUGAAAAUAAAACUACCAUAAGUGGAAACGUGGAGUUCUCAGAGAAACAACUUGUAGAAAAUAUUGAAAGUACUCUUGAAAAUAAUUCUAUCUUAGAAGAACAGGCCAUGACUGGAAAUUCAUUAAAUAGUGCAAAAGCAAAAGAAGAUCUUGUAGGAAAAAUGGAAUAUAUCACGAGAAAUAGACAGAACGUUGAAACAGAAGAAAACCUGAAAGACGUGACAGGCAUUAAAGGUUUCAAAACUACCAAAGGACAAGCAGGGAACAAAAUAUCAGAAAACCUUAACCAAGAAACAACUUUUCAGGAUACUAGAAAUGGAGUUUCUGAGACUGAAAGAACAAGAAGUCUUGAAAAUGAAAGAAGGUCUCAAAAUGAGCAAUGUUUAGAAAAGCAGUUUUUGAGAACAUUUUCAGAAAAAAAUAAAUGUAGCGAAACUUCGGAAGGUAAAGUUGAAAUGUCUGUGAAUGCCAAAAAUAGCACUGUUAAUCUAGGUACAACCACUACAGAAAACCUUGCUGCAGUAACAGUAUUACAGAGUCUUAAAGAUGGAACAGAUGUUAAGAAAGGAACUACAGAAAAUCUGUGGGAGACUCAAAAAUCAGAAAACCUUGAAAGUGAUAAAAGUGUUCCGAGUACUACAUUAGUAGAAGUACAACUUUCACCCAAGCUUAGUGAAGAUGAAAUAAGUUCUCAAAGUAUUAUAACCUCUGAAAAACAUACUUUAAUUUAUAAACUAGACAAAACUGAUGAUGUAAAAGAUACCCUGUUUGCUACAACCAAGGAAAUGCUGCUUACGACUGAUAUAUCUGAUAAUCAUGCAGACGGCAAAAGUUCUCAAGUUGAACCAACAAUGAAGGAACAGUCUUUGGAUGAUACAUCAGAAAAUAUUGAACACGAGAAAAAUGUUCAAUGUGCACCACCAACAGCACAUUUUGUGACUGAUUUGUCAAAUGAUGUUAUUGAUCGAAAAAGUGUUGAAAUUGAGUUGAUAAUGGAAAAACAGCAAAUCUGGAAAUCAGAAAAUCUGGAAACAGACAAAAGUGGUAAAAGUGCACAAACAACAGAACAGUCUGUGUCUGAAAUAUUUGAAGGUAAUUUAAGUGACAGAAGUGUUCUUACUACUGGAAUAAAAGAACAACAGUCUGUAGCUGAAGAUCUUGAAAAUGAAAGAAAUAUUCAAAAGACACCAACAAGAAAUGAACAUUUUGCAACUGAAAUGUCUGAAAAUCUUAUAAAUGACAGAAGUUUUCAAAAUGUGCCAACAAUACAAGAACAGUCUGUGAGUGAAAUAUCUGAAUAUAUUGUAGAUGGUGAAAGUGUUCAAAUAACAGAAAAAUAUUACGUGACACCAAUAUCAGAAGAUGUAAAGAACACAAGUACUGAAAUAACAUCAAGCAAAAGACAAUCUGUGAGUGAUAUAAAAGAAACUUCUCAAUGUGUUUGGGCUUAUCAAGAUACACCAACAACACUAAAACAAUCAGAAGUAUCGAAAUAUCUUAAAGAUGGUGGAAAUGUUGAAGUUUCACCAAAAGAAAAACAGUCUACAGCCUAA